AAUUGCAAAACAAGGAAAAAGCAUUUUCUUUUUGUUCGAUAUGCUAAUUUACUUCUUGGGGGACUUAUAAGAUAUAUAAUCUUGAUUCGAAGAUAAUUUCACGUAGAAUUUAAUUCUUUUUAUUAUUUCAUUCAAAGAAAGGAUAGAAAGUAUUUAUUUACGUUUAUAACCGAAUUUACUUUGUAACAAAAGUCUUGUUGACAUCGAAACGUCAACUUUGUGAAAGCUUAUUAUUGACUUUGCAAGUGUAUUUAAUACAUUUUUGUGUAUCCCAAAGUAGAAAGAUGAACAUCCCUCCAAUUCAGCAGGCCGGUGGGAUGGGAAUGGGCCAGAUAACCCAGGGCGGAGGUCAACAAUUGGCCCAAACCCAACAACAAGGUCAACAGCAACAGCCUCAGGAAAAACUGGACAAUAUAUCCAAAGUGAAAUCGCUUGUUGGACCUUUAAGAGACGCUUUAUCUGUUACUCUCAAAACUGCAGCUCAAACUCUUCAGCAAAAUAGUCUUGUCGAUGUUGGAUCCACAAAAGGGAUUGAUCCUCCGGAUCACAGAUUUAAUAAGAACAUGGAGGACUUUUACUCGAUUUGCGACCAAAUCGAAUUGCACCUGAAAACCUCGAUAGAGUGCAUGUCUCAGCAUUCAAGUUCUGUUAGAUACUUGCCGAUGCCGGUAAUGCCAACUAGAACGGAAACGGUCACUCCACAGGAAGGACCUGCUUUAACUUAUCCUCAAUUUUUAAUGACUGUUCAAGGACAGGUCCAAUUCGCUCGAGAGGUUCAUGAAAGGCUGAUGAAAGUCGGUAACGCUCUUUCGAAUACUGAUACGUAAUUGGUUCAUUUAUUGCGAAUGAUGGUCUACAAUGUCGCCACCUGGUGCCGAAAACUGGAACUAGAAAGAGUGGGUACAAUUUUAAAUCUGUACAUUAAUUGGUGCAUAAAAGUGUUUUUACGAUAGUUUUGUGAAGUAUAAAACAAUAAUUGAAUACUAGAUACAAAUCUUCAUAAAAAAAACAAAUAGUUUUAGAUAAAAUUUGCAUCAUCUAUCUUAUACAGUUAAAAAAACAUAUUUUUGUCAAAUAGGUUUUAAAAAACAAUUAUUUCACUAUUUCAUGUAAGUUUCAAGGAAUUUAAGUUUCAAAAUGGAACUCUUGAAUUUCAAACUUUUAAAAUUGAAGUUUAAAAGUUUUUUAAGUUAAUGAUUUUGUGUACUGACACUUUUAAACUGAAUAAUUUUUAAUUAGAAGCAGUUAAUGAGCCACAUUAAAAAUUUAAUAAAUUGUAGAGUUCAGAGAUUCAGAUACAAUUCUAAAAACAUAAAUCCAC